UAAAGCAGAGACAGCAGAGCAGCCAGGCUUGAAGGCAGUGUUGGAGCCCAAUCUCUUCCCCAGAGGAAGAGCCCAGCAGGCAGCAGAGUAUGGAGCUCGCCUCAGCCCCUCUCCACAAAGGGCAGAUCCCCUGGAGGGGGCUCCUGCUCACAGCCUCACUUUUAACCUGCUGGAACUCUCCCGCCACUGCACAAGUCACCGUUGAAGCUGUGCCGCCCCUCGUUGCCGAGGGAAAGAGCGUUUAUCUCCUUGUCCACCGUCUGCCAGAGGGACUCCAGGUCUUUUACUGGUACAAGGGAGACACUACAGUUACGAGCAAUGAAAUCGCACGUUUUCUAGUAUCCGAUAAUACAAUUAAAACAGGGCCUGCAUACAGUGGCAGAGAGACAAUCUACCCCAAUGGAACCCUGCUCCUCCGGAAUGUCACUGUAAACGAUGCAGGAACCUACUCACUAAAUAUGUUAGAUAAAGCCUAUGAUCCUACACAGGUGUCUGUGCGAGUCCAUGUGCACCCUCCGUUACCCAAGCCCAGAAUCACAAGCAACAACUCAAAUCCCAUGGAGGGUGAGGACUCAGUCUCAUUACUGUGUGAACCUGAGACUCAGAAUACAACCUACCUGUGGAGGAGAAAUGGUCAAAGCCUCUCAGAAAGUGACAGGCUGCGGCUUUCUGAGGACAACAGGACUCUUACUUUACUCACUGUCGUGAGGACUGACAUAGGACCCUAUGAGUGUGAAACCUGGAAUCCAGUGAGUGCCAGCCUAAGUGAUCCGUUCAACCUGAACAUCACCUAUGGUCCGGACGCCCCGGUUAUAUCCCCUUCAGAUAGCCACUUCCAUGUAGGGGCCAACGUCAGCCUGUCCUGCCACGCGGCCUCUAACCCGCCGGCACGGUACUCAUGGCUUUUCGAUGGGAAGCCCCUGCCAUCCUCCCAAGAGCUCUUUAUCCCAAACCUCUCUACUAAUAAUAGUGGGGCCUAUGCCUGCCUCGUCCACAACUCUGUCACUGGCCUCAAUAGGACCACAGUCAAGAACAUCACAGCCCUUGAGCCCGUGACUCGGCCCUUCAUUCAAGUCCUCAACACCACAGUCAAAGAAAUGGACUCUGUGUCCCUGACCUGCUUCUCAAAUGACACUGGGAUCUCCAUCUAUUGGUUCUUCAAUAGCCAGAGUCUGCAUCUCACAGAGAGGAUGACACUCUCCCACAGCAACAGCACCCUCAGAAUAGAUCCUGUCAAGAGGGAGGAUGCCGGGGAGUAUCAGUGUGAGGUCUCCAAUCCAGUCAGUUUCCAGAGGAGUGACCGAAUCCAGCUGGACAUAAUAUUUGACCCAUCACAAGGAAGUCCUGGCCUCUCUGGGGGUGCCAUUGCUGGCAUUGUGGUCGGAGCUGUGGCUGUGGUGGCUCUGGUAGCAGCCCUGGUGUAUUUCCUCCAUUUCAGGAAGACUGGCGGGGGAAGUGACCAUCGCGAUCUCAAAGAGCACAAACCCUCAGCCUCCAAUCACAAUCUGGGCCCCUCUGACAACUCUCCUAAGAAGGUGGAUGAAAUCACAUAUUCUGUCCUGGACUUCAAUGCCCAGCAACCCAAACGACCAACUUCAGCCUCUCCCUCUCCAAGACCCACAGAAACGGUUUAUUCAGAAGUAAAAAAGAAGUAAUCACAAUCUGUGCUACUGACUGCACCAAUGAUGCAUUCCCAGACUCUCUCCUUCAUUAGGUGACCUCUGUAUCAAUAUAGAGGAGGGGACACACACACACACACACACACACACACUGUGGCAGCUCCAGGCUGCUGCCGUCCUGGAGCCUAUAAGA